UAUCUACUUCUGCUUUUUUCUUUUUGGGCCGAAUCGGUUUAGGAACUAGUAGGAGCCGCUGCCGCCACCGACCCGCCUAGGCAAAACACAAAAGCAAAGCCCCCGUGAUCACCACUCUUUUCUCGUCGAAUUCCAGUUAUUUCAGAGCUAAAAUACGAAACAGAAAGGGAAUGGGUCACAACAAGCCCCGGCGUUUCAAAACCCAUAACUCUCAUCGGGGACAGUCUAGCAGAAACCAUCAAUUCCAAAGGGAAGAUGAAUCUCUCCCACAUGAUCAACCUCCCGAAGAGGAACCCAAUAUUCCUAAAGUUCAACUUGCUAUGUGGGAUUUUGGACAGUGUGAUGCAAAAAGGUGCACUGGGCGCAAACUUGCAAGAUUUGGGUUGUUGAAAGAUUUGCGUGUAAAUAGUGGUUUUGGUGGCAUUGUUUUAAGUCCUGUUGGUAGUCAAUGUGUCUCAAAAGAAGAUUACAACUUAAUAAAGAGGAAAGGGUUAGCUGUUGUGGAUUGCUCAUGGGCUCGACUUAGUGAUGUACCCUUUGUGAAGCUGCGGUGUGGUGCUCCUCGCUUGUUGCCAUGGCUAGUGGCUGCAAACCCAGUAAAUUAUGGUCGCCCAUGUGAGCUAUCAUGCGUAGAAGCAUUAUCUGCUGCUUUACUAAUAUGUGGGGAAGAGGAAACUGCAAAUUUGCUGUUAGGCAAGUUCAAAUGGGGUCAUGCCUUCCUGUCCCUUAACAGGGAACUUUUGAAGGCAUAUUCUGAAUGUGAAAAUAGUGCUGACAUCAUAUCAGUCCAAAAUUCUUGGCUUUCCCAACAAAGGCAGGUCCCUAAGGUUCCACCAGAUGCAGCAGAAGGUGCAUCCAAUGAUUCAGAAGAUGAGGAGGGUUCUUCCAAUGAUUCUGAAGAUGGGCUACCUCCUCUAGAAAGGAACAUGAACCAUUUGAGUUUGCAGGAAAGUGAUGAUGAAAGUGAGUAAGUAGGAUCCAGCAAUAGUUUCAUUCACAAGUAAGCACCAUUAGUAAGUAGAAAGAGGGAAAUAUGUUAUGGGGCCGUUUCAUAUAUGCUGCACAUCUCUUACCCUGAUUCCUUCAGACUUCCAUUUCCUAUAGGUGAAAUGAAAUAUUAAAUCUAACGUAGGUAGAAAAUGGUUUUUCCUACUUCUCAAGGAUUACUAUUUAACUGUUUUGUAUCUGUUCGGAGGGAGGUGGGGCUGAUUGGGCUUAACAUAUAUUACUUUCUAAUUGCUUAACAUCUUAUUUCAAUGUUUCAAAAGAUUAUAAAUUUAUUUUUAGAUUAAAUAUCUAUAUUUUUAUGAAA